AUGGAAGGCAUCAAAGGACUUUCAAUGUCAGAAGGCGAGUUUAUCUGCCAAAAUGUACUCAUCGGAGUAGUCCCUAAGUUCAGCUAUGAGAAGGUCAUCCUUAUACAAGGAAUUUUCGGACCCUUUAAACCACAAAAACCUCUUGAUAUCCCUCUUUGGCUUGCUCUUGAGCUAAAGAGAAAGAAGAUGUGUGAUAUCCAGUCACCUUCUUGGAUGGAAGAGGAAAUCCUUAAGAACAUGAUCGAACUGGAAAAACAAACUGCUGAGACAUCGAACAAACUCGAGAAUAAACUGCCUGGAUACUAUUUCUUUGAAAUUGCUAUUCUGCUACUUCACCAUGCUGCAGACGAUAUCGAGAAUCCCGUAGUUCUUAGAACCUUGAUAGAAGAUAUCUUCGAGAUUAGAAAGACUAAACUACUCAAAGAAAUGAAAGCAAGCUCCUUAAGCAAAGAGAGAGUUAAAUAA